AUGUACAAGUCGUGCGCCGACGAGUGCACCAGUGCCGAGAUGCUUGCCGGCGUCGACGCGGCCGUGGGCGACGGCUGUGACGUUCUCUCCAUAUCUCUCGGCGAUACCUCGCCGGACACACCGUUCUACCACAGCCUCGCGAUUGGCACGUAUGGCGCCGUCGAGAAGGGUGUCUUCGUCAGCAUCUCAGCUGGCAACAGCGGUCCAAAUGCCAGCACGCUGUUCAACGACGCUCCGUGGAUGCUCACCGUCGCGGCGAGCACCAUGGACCGUUUGAUCGGUUCCCAGUCGGUGAACCAGCAAGAAAUCUCGGCGGCCGUCUUCUACCCGCUGGUCUACGCGGGUGCCAGCUCGACAGCCGACGCCCAGUUCUGCGGCAACGGCUCGCUGGACGGCUUCGACGUCAAGGGCAAGAUCGUGCUCUGUGACCGUGGCAACGGCGUCGCGAGGCUUGACAAAGGUGCCGAGGUGAAACGAGCCGGAGGCAUCGGCAUGAUCAUGGCCAACGAGUUCCCCGACGGUUACAGAACACUCGCCGACGCCCACGCCCUCCCGGCUUCGCAUGUCAGCUACGCCGCCGGAGUCGCCAUCAAGAAGUACAUCAACUCCACGGCGAACCCGACGGCGCAGAUCUUCUUUCGAGGCACGGUUCUCGGCACGUCGCCGGCACCGGCCAUCACUUCCUUCUCCUCGCGCGGGCCGAGCCAGCGCAAUCCCGGCAUCUUGAAACCGGACAUCACGGGCCCCGGCGUGAGCGUACUCGCGGCGUGGCCGUUCCAGUCACGAGCCGGCCACGUCAAUCCAGUCAAGGCCGUCGACCCCGGCCUGGUCUACGACAUCGCCCCCGACGACUUCAUGCGCUUUCUCUGCAGCGUCUACGCGAGUCGGGACGUGUCCGUCAUCGCGCGGCGCGCUGUGGACUGCUCGGCCAUUAGGGUGAUCCCAGACGUCGAACUCUACGGCCAGUCCGGUGGCGGUGGUGCACCGGACGGUGAGGAACGUCGGCGAGGCGCCGGCUGUGUUCUACCCCUAUGUGGACCUGCCGUCGAGCAUGGUGCACGUCGAGCCGAGGUCGCUGCGGUUCAUGGAGGCGAACCAGGAGCAGAGCUUCACAGUGUCCGUGCUGCGAGGGCAGAGUGGUAA